ACCAAAACGUCUGUCUAUUUUGUUAGUGUGUUUGUUUAGAAGAUACGUGUAGUAAAUAUUUUCUGUAAAGCUGAUUAUUCGCACAUAUAUUUUCUGGAACUGUACGUGCCUUGUUAUCAUUAUGGCUGAAGCAUCAGCUGUUGAAAAUAAUAUCAAACAGCGACGAGUAGCUUUUAUAACUGGUAUUACCGGUCAGGAUGGCUCAUAUUUAGCUGAAUUUUUGGUAGAUCGUGGCUAUGAAGUACAUGGCCUGAUUAGGCGAUCAAGUUCUUUUAAUACAGGAAGAAUACAGCACUUGUAUAAAAAUCCUUUAACGCAUCGAGAAGGGUCUAUGCUUUUGCAUUAUGGUGAUUUAACAGAUAGCUCUUGCCUUGUGAAAUUAAUUAGUCAGAUACGUCCAACAGAAAUUUAUAAUUUAGGAGCUCAAAGUCAUGUCAAGGUUUCCUUUGAUCUCAGUGAAUAUACAGCAAAUGUUGAUGCGUUAGGCACCUUGAGAAUGCUUGAUGCAAUACGCACUUGUAAAUUGGAUAAUGAAGUAAAAUUUUAUCAAGCAUCUACUAGUGAAAUGUUUGGCAAAGUUCAAGAAAUUCCUCAGAAAGAAACAACACCAUUUUACCCUCGAUCACCAUAUGGUGUUGCAAAACUGUAUGCUUACUGGAUUGUUGUAAAUUAUAGAGAAGCAUAUAAUAUGUUUGCUGUAAAUGGUAUAUUAUUUAACCAUGAAAGCCCUAGAAGAGGUGAAACUUUUGUGACGAGGAAAAUUACUCGUAGCGUUGCAAAAAUACACUUAAACAAAUUGGACUUUUUUGAAUUGGGCAAUUUAGAUUCAAAAAGAGAUUGGGGUCAUGCAAAAGAUUAUGUUGAAGCUAUGUGGUUGAUGUUACAACAAAAAUAUCCCGAAGAUUUUGUUAUUGCCACUGGAGAAUCACAUAGUGUUCGUGAAUUUGUGGAAGCAGCCUUUAAACAUGUGGGUAAAGAAAUCAUAUGGGAAGGAUCUGGUCUGAAUGAAGUUGGAAAAGAGAAAGAGACAGGUGCAGUACGUGUUCGUGUGAAUCCACGAUAUUUUAGACCAUCUGAAGUGGAAUUUUUACUGGGUGAUUCUUCUAAAGCAAGGCAAAAGAUAGGAUGGAAACCGAAGAUCAGUUUUCAACAAUUAGUUCAGGAAAUGGUGGACUCUGAUAUAGAACUAAUGAAAAAAAAUCCAGCUGCAUAGGAAAAGUUCAUAUUAGCAUUCAGUUGUAUUAACUUUUGUAAAUCAUUCCAUGUGCUUUUCUGUUAUGAAUUUUUGAAGACAUUAAUGCCUUUUUGCUGGGCCAGACCUUAAGGUCUCAUACGUAAAAUUUUUAAUUACAAUAUAAUCAUUUAAAACAAUGUAUAAAUUAAGGAAUGUAAUUAAUUAAGAUAUUGAUGUAAAUAUAUAUGCAUAUGCAUUUCUUUAUGAGUAGAGCAGUUUUUGAGCAGGUAACUGGCAUCUAACAAGUAAUUUAGUAAUAAUAGUAUGGAAGCAAAGUUCUGUUCUUUUAUGAGAAUUAUGGAAACUUUUUGUUAUAACAUCAUUCACUUAGGUAUUUUAUAUAGAAUUAUUUCUAUAUAUAAUACCUUUCUAUAUAAAAUACCAUUCAUUUAUUUUUAAUAAGGAAUUUAAGGAAGUUUUUGCAUUUUAGGUAGCUUAUGAUGAUAAUAAGUUAAUUGUUAUUAGUCUAAGAAAAUAAUGCAUAUUAAUUCUGGAACAUAAUCUUUUUGUUUUAAAUUGAUUGAAUUUUCUUCAGUAUGAUAUUUGUAUAUAAGCUUGUUAUUCCAUGUAAUGGAAUAUUAAUGUAAAGUCUGAGGUAAUAUGCUUUUUUCCUUUACUUUUUAUUCUCUUCCUACUAUGCCUUUUUUUCCUUUGAAAUUUGUAUUUAUUGGUUUAUAGAAAAAAAAAACAGAUGUCCUUGAGAUAUUUUCUAGUUCAGAUUUUGAAACAGAGAUUGUUUACUCCUUAAAACAUGUCUGUAAACUGUUCUUGAAGACUUGAAAAAUGCUACUAGUUGCUGGCCCAGAUUUUCACAAGAUGAACUGUAGGAAAUUCAGGGAAUCUGAGUUAUGUGAUAUUGAAGCAUUACACAGAUCAUUAAACUGUGGUUCAGGGCAUGUACUUAUGUUCUGUAUUGCAUCUUUGUUUCAAGCAUUGUUUUGUAUGUUUGACAGUGUUGUAAGUUUCCUGUAUGAACUAUGGGAUAAGUUGUUCCUGACUCCUUAUUGUGAUGGGAACAGUUGAUGCAUUUAGCUGCUUCCUGGCAUGAUUUAUCUGACUGACUACCCAAGCACUGCACAUAGACAGGAGAUGGUUUACAACUACUAUUUGUAUACCCAAUGUUCUGGCAGUCAUAACAUUGUAUGACCUUUAUACAUUUUCUGUACUCAUAAGAGUUGAAGGCUUAUAUGUGACCAUCAUGACCAAUUGCCUCAGCAUAAUUUGGAUUCAAUUCAGUUAUCCUAUUGUUCUUUCAGUGAAGCAAAGCCAACAGGAAAUAGGACACUUGGAAAAUGUUAAUUCUGUUUGUGUGCAGUACUUGAGUUUUCACUCAGAUAAAUUAUGCGUGGAAGUAACCAAAUUCAUCUGUUUACAUUCAAAAUUCAUCAACCUGUUUACAUUCAAAUCAAGGAACUAUGAAUGUCACAUAUCAUGCAACCAGCUCAUUACACUGUCUUACAUGCAUACAAAACAGUGCUGUAUGCAAAGGUGAACAGAAAAUGUGAGUCAUGUUCGACACUGUAUAUUAACAAUUAGAGCAAUGCUUAAGUUUCAAAUAACUUGGCAUCUUUGAAAUUCCUACAGUGCAUUCAGCAAAAUUCUGAGCCUACAACUAUUCGCAGCUUCCAACUCUUUAAAGAGCACUUUGUAGACAUUGCACUGCUUCAUGAACUUUAUGUUCACUGCAAUAAAAUAGAUGUCACUGUUAAAGAAACAACAUUCCAGAAAAAGAUCAACAUUCUAAGCAGAUAUUUCAGUGUUCUAGGAAUUUCAGUGCCUCCCUUUUGUGUUCCAAUUCAGAGAACAACAGAGCAAAAUCCUGUGUUAAACAUUCAGUAUGUGAUGUUUUAAUGUUUAUGGACUGUUGACUACGUCUAUAACAUAUUGACUAUUUGUGGAAUAUUGACUAUUCUAUAUGUCUAAGGAAUAUAUGUUCUGUUGCAUCUAUAAAUAGUGUAUUGAAUCUGUGAACUAUGUAGUCUAUAUCUAUGGUUUACAUAACAUCUAUAUAUAAGUAAUGAAGAUUAUAUUUCUAUUAAAUAUCAAUAUAUAAAUAAUACCCAUUAUUUAAAGCACUAAAAAUACAGCAUGUCAUAGGAAAUGCAACAGAACUUGUGCAAAUUUAUAAAUUUUUGUACCAACAUCCAAUAAAAUUAUAGUAUCAGGAUGAUUUAAUUCAUUUAGCUUAUAUGAAGACUGUAGGUUGGAUGUCAUCUCGGUGGAGAGUAGUCAAGCACUUUAAGCAGCUUUCCUAUCCUUGCCCACUUUUGAUUUUAGAAAAAAAUGACAAAUGCUAUUUAUUUCUAUGUUUCUCUAAUGGCAAUUGGAGUCUCCAUUCAUCAAUCUGAUUUAAAUAUUUAACUGCAAUGUAUACUUACCAUUUCAUAAGUUCUUGCAAACUUAUGCUGUAAUUAUUAUUCUGUUCAAUUAUUUUUGAUUGGCUCUUAUUAAAUCAUUAUUGCUAAAAUCCAUAAUGCCUAAUUUUCUAAAAUAAUUUUCAUUCUCAAUCCAUUCCCUCCCCCCCUUUUUUUUAAGAUGGAAACUGUACAGAAAAUUUCACAUAUUCUAAUAGCAUUAUUGAUAAAUACUGGGCAUCAUUAAUUUUUUCACAAUGUUGCUAAUAUCAAAGUUCUAAAAAAUAUCUACAAAUAUUUGUAUUUAUUCAUGGCAACUGCUUUCUACAGUUUAUUCCUUAAGCCCGCAAGUCUUUGAAAUUAGCUUAAGCUAUAUUUUUUAGUAUUUUUGCAUGAGCUUAAUAUAAUACAUGGAACAACAUUUUACAGUUAAUGCAAAAAUUUUAUAUGUUUAUUUGUAAAAUUUCAGUUUAUCAUAGAUAUCAUUAUUGGGUCAAUGUUAUAAUAUCAUACAUUUGUAUGUUUUUUUACAUAUAAAUUUUGUCAAAAGUGCCUUAAUAAUUAGUGAUGCAAAUACAUUGAAAGUAUUCGAUCUGAGCACUGACUCUGAAUAUUUAAAUGGUAAGUGCAUUUAAAUUUUAUGAACUUAAAAGUGCUCAUAUUAUAUAAGAACACAGUAAAUGUUUGUCAUCAACACAUUUUUAGACCUUUUUCAUUGUUGAUUGGUUGCAGUGUGCAAGAUCAGCAAAUUUAAUUAACUUGAUAGACUCAUGAUUCUUGCAAUAUGUACUAUACUUUGAUUACAGCCUAAAAGACCAAGAAGUAAUGUUCUAUAUCCUCUCUAAUAUUGCUCACUGAUUGUGCUGCUAGAAUGUCUAUUUAGGCUGCCUCAUAGUUUUCAUGGGAUUCAGCUUCAGUGGUCUGCCACUGUGACCGUGCUGUCUUAAAAUUCCAUACAUGACACAGAAGAAUUUUUAGCUCUGUCAAUCACGCUAAUUUGUUUUCAUCUGUUUUUGAGUAUAAAACUGUCAUAAAGCUGAAGCAACUGAUUGCCCAGUCACAUAAAAUUAUUUUACCAGUUAAGAGUACUUUUAAGAUUUGCAGAUGAGCUAAGCUUCCUAGGGUCCAGCAUUAUCUGUCAAUAAACUUUCAUUGUGGAUUUUUUUAAUUGUCGCCUCUGCUUUAAAUAAAAAUAAAUAAAUAAAUAAAAAAGAGACGAUUCCAUUAAUGUUAAUUUUCGCACAAACCUCAUUUUUCUAUGACCUUUUUUGUAUUUUUAAUGUUUUUUAAAAAAUGUAAUGAUUGUUGAAAAUACCUUGCAUUUAAAAUCAGAAGCAGAUUUGUAUCAAAGACUGUAGCAGAAUGAAUUGAAGACUUGGACGUGUGGUAUAAACUUUAAUUUCAGUUCUAUUUAGCAGUUAGCAUAAACUUUGUUCUCUAUAGUGUUUGACAGAACUUAUUUAUAUUACAUAUGUAAAAUAUACAAAAUACUAAAUACAUUGUAGAUAAAUAAUGAGUUACAUUUAUGUUUAUCUCAGUAUAUAAUGGUUUUAUUAUUAAUUUCAUUUCAGCAUGCAUUUAUACUUAUAUUAAUCCUGCAUAAUAUGCAGGAUCUUAUGCAUUUAAUUUUGAUUCUGUACAUGGCUAAAACUUUGAUGUCAGUAAGUACUUACUGAUCUAAGAAAUUGAGAUGUAGUUAGUAAAUUUUCGAUAGCCUUUAGCAGCAGUAUUUCAAAUAUCAAACAAUCAAGUUAUUAAAAAAAAAAAAAAAA